GAGUGAACUUGGGGCCUGUUGAAAUAACUUUCCCGUGGCGGCGGCGGCGGCGCCCUGCCCUCGGCGAGCCCACCGGGCGGCCUCCGCCGUGGUCCCUGGUCGAGCAGCCCGCGGGGAGAGCGCUCGCUGCUUCUGCUUCUUCUCCCUCCCCUCCUCCAUUGUUCCCGCCCCUUCUGGUCUCCGCCGUUGCAGCUCCUACCUCCGGCCCCUUCCCCUUCCGCUGCCUCCAUCUCAGGCUCUCCGGCGGCUGAGCGCGGAGAGCGCCUCGCCCUGCCCAGCCCCCCGUCCCCGUCUCGGUGGGGAGGAGAGUCCCCGGGCCCCCCUGCGCCAUGUCCCGGUACACGCGGCCUCCCAACACCUCGCUCUUCGUCAGGAACGUGGCCGACGCCACCAGGUAAGCGGCGGCGACGAGGGAGGCGGCCUGCGCGCACCGAGGGGCGGGCGACGGGGACUUGCCCGGGGCGGAGGCCUCCUGCGAGGAUGCUGGGCCUCUCGGGGGGGGGGGGGCAAGGCCUUUCCGCUUCCCCUUUUUGGGGGAAACGCGGUUUUUUGUGUGUAAAAUGGCUGAGGCCCAGCGGAGAAACAGGCAGAUAAGGGGCUGGGUGUGGGUCCCUGGAAGAUAGAAGGGGCGCUUUCUUCUCCGGGGGGGGGGGCUGCUCCUUAGAAAGGUGUGCGGCAAAGAUGUGCACUGCGUGGCUCUAUGGGCCAAGUAAAACGCCACCUGCUAUAUUUUCCUAUCGACUUUUUUUCUUUUUUAAAAUUAAAAUUGUUUCCAUUGUUAUCCGCCGUCGGUCCCACUUGCCGGAAAGGCGGGGUAUAAACGGAAGCAGGCCCUGGGUUGUUUUUUGAAACGUUAGUCGCCCUCCUUGUUAUGGAAGAAAAUGAAAAUUGAUCUCGUUCCCAGAGGGCAACCUGCCCUGGGAAAACCAGUGCAAUGAUAUUUAUAGCAGUAUCUCUCCCUCCCCCUCCCCUUCCCCCCAUUGCUUGGGUACAGGGUGUCGCUUUCUGGCUAAUCUGUGGGCCUGGAGGAGGAGGAGGAGGAGGAGGAGGAAUUGGUUCCUAGGCAUUUGUUAAGGGAUGACAUGGACCUCCAUACACACUGCCCAGGCUGGUUUCCCAGAGAGGUCACUUUGGUGCUGCUAACGCAGCACUUUCAUUUCACUCCCAGAAGGGCACUCUAUUGUCAGACAGAAAGGUGCCAACAAGCGAUGUGGUCCUACAGGCACCCUGUGGGUUAUAGUUACGUGGCUUGAAAGUUUGCCACAGACUAUAUUCCAUCUGGGGGACGCAGGUGGCGCUGUGGGUUAAACCACAGAGCCUAGGACUUGCUGAUCGAAAGGUCGGCGGUUCGAAUCCCCGCGGCGGGGUGAGCUCCCAUUGUUCGGUCCCAGCUCCUGCCCACCUAGCAGUUCGAAAGCACCCCUAAGUGCAAGUAGAUAAAUAGGGACCGCUUUCUAGCGGGAAGGUAAACAGCGUUUCCAUGUGCGGCGCUGGUGCUGGCUCGCCAGAUGCAGCUUCGGCACGCUGGCCACGUGACCCGGAAGUGUCUUCGGAUGGCGCCGGCUCCCGGCUUCUUGAGCGAGAUGAGCGCGCAACCCUAGAGUCGGUCACGACUGGCCCGUACGGGCAGGGGUACCUUUACCUUUACCUUUUAUGUUCCAUCUAGGCCAGUACAGUGGACGCUCGGGUUGCGAACGUGAUCUGUGCGGGAUGCACAUUUGCAACCCGCAGUGGCGCAUCUGCGCAUGCUUAGGUUACAAUUCGGCGCUUAUGCGCAAAGCGUAACCCCCAAAACCCGGAAGUAACCCGUUCCAGUACUUCCAGUUUUCGGCAGGUCAAAAAAACACAACCUGAAGCGUCUGUAACCCAAGGUAUGACUGUACUGUCUAGUCUAUCUGCCAGGGACCACAGUAGUAUGAGACCUUUGCUACCACUGUUCAACUAGACAUUUAGCCCAGACCUUUUGCAUCAUAAGCGUUACCCAUUUAUCCAGGUCUUUGUCAUCUUUUGUUAUAUUAGUAAUUAUGUAAAUUUAUUCAUGUUGGAAGCUGCCUUAAGAAUGGUUUUUUUAACUUUGGAAAGGUGGUAUACAAAUAAAAUGAUCAUAGAUCAUAGAAAGAUAGUUGUAAGGGAGCCUGAGGAUCCUCUAGUGUCUAGUCCAACCCCCUGCAAUGUAGGAAUAUACAGCUGUCCCAUACAGCAGUGGUUCCCAAUUAGGACACCCCAUUUUUCAAAAGCCAAGCCACAGACCCCCUACUUUUGAAAAUUUUGAUAACUCUAUGGUAGUUACCUCUGCGAAACAAUUUUUUGAACAAAAUGUGGGGUGGCCCCAAAUAAGCAAAGGAUUUUAGGUAUACUAAAAAACAAACAGAUCAUAAAAUUUGUGUUAUUACAGUGCAAAAAUAAUAAAACAAAAAAAGUUGAGGGGAAGGCAAGGGAUGGGGCCACGGACCCCCUGGGUGCGUUCUCCAGACCUCUAAUUGGGAACCACUGCCAUACAGGGAUCAAACCUGCAACCUUGGCAUUAACAGCACCAUGCUCUAACCAACUGAACUGUAUGUAUGUAUCCUGUCUAGCUAUUUUUAUCUGAGUACUUAAAAGCAUGUUUUCAGUCAAUUCUUCCCUGCCACUUUGCAACUCCAGUAAUGAAAUUAAAUGGAACACCACAUAAGGUGACAAGAUGUGAAUGAAGCAGGGCAAUGAAUUUUGAUAGUUGCAGCUAGCUAUUAAAGUUAUGGAGCCCUCUCCUCCAUUGCAUUUGCUUGCCUUAUACAUUUUUGUUUUGUCUUGGACAGGCUUCAGUAGUUUUGUGGGUUUUUAAAAAAAUAUUUGCUAAAAAGUCUUCCCAUAUUCAGCUAUGAGAUUCCUCCCUUCAGUAGGGAGCACUUUGUAGGGAAAGUUUAUUCAGAUAGCAGAAUACAGCUAGGACUGCAGCGUUUAAACCAUUAAUUAGUUAGAUGAAUCACUUUCAUAACUCUUUAAUUGAAUAAAACUGCCCCAAUUAACUGGGCAGCAAUAUUAAAAUAUGACAUUAUCUUUAAUAUAGAUACUUAUAAAUAGAAAUGGCAAGCAGCAUAUUGAAAAGGUAUUCCUUUUUUUCACAUUAGGAAUGCCUCUUCUAAUAUCAGACCAGCAUCACACAGCAGUGCAUUAUCUAAAAACCAAAAAAAAUUACAAUUGUUUUCCUUAUAUGCAAAAUUGAUGAUAUCUGUCUCCUAGCAAAAAAUCCUUACCCUGUGCUCCAAGCAUAGUAGGGUUUCUUUUGUUCCUUUGUAGGGCGUGGAAGACUCUUUCCCGCAUGAGAACCCAAUAUGCAAAGAAUUGCAAAUAAUUAUCCUUUCCCCCUAUGAUUGAAAGACCUGCCAAUGAAUAAGGCAUAUAAUUAAAAAGCUAGGUAUUAUAUUGUACAACCUGAUGUUAUCCAUUCUAACAAGUGCCCAAUAAUUACUGACUUGUGUGGAGUCUUUUGAUAUGUAUGGAGUGACACCCCUACUUCCCAGUUAUUCAUUUCACAGAAAGGAGCAAAUUUGUGCAUGCUUUUCUCUGUGGGUUUGUGUAAUCCUCACCACAUCUAGUGGCAAUGAAUUCAGCAUAAUAUUAUUCAUUGUGUAAAGUUCUUUCUUUUGUUUCUCCUGAUACUUCUGCCUAUGUGAGGAUGUUUGUCUUAUGUGAGGGAAAAUAUAUCUGAAUUCAUCUUCUCCAUUCUGUGUGCUCUUUCAUGGUUUUCCCCCCAUGUCUGAAUCUUUAGUAUAUUUGUUUUAAACUGAAAACUCAUUUUCUGGUGCCCCAGUCCCAUGCUGAAAAAAUAGUGGCAUUAUAUUCAAUCAAGUUGUUGACCUGUUUAUCUCAGUACAGUACAGUGUGCUUCAACUGGUGUUUGAUCUCCUGAGCGAUAUUGUAGUCUGACAAAAAAAGCAGGGGUUCCAGAAAGAGAAUUGUGCCUUUGGAGAAUUUUCAGUUGCAGGAUUGUUGGCAUUUAUUUUUGUGUCUGCCCCAUUUCCGCAAAUUGCUAAUAGAGUAAUCACAAUGAGAAUGAUCCAAUACCAGGAAAAAUAAAUUUAAGUGAACCCUAAACAUACUAAUAAGUUCCUAGCUCGUUUUAGUUUCAAUAAUUAUAUAUGUUCAAAAUUUAUGGCUAUGAUUCCCAAUACUUACAGAAUUAUUGAAAGUUUGUCUUUAAUAGUCUUAAUACACAAGAUAAGUCUGCUGCGGCUAGGUAUUGCUAAAGCAGGUACAAUGAUAAAGAAACACUCAUUCUUUUUGCCUUAUUUCUAAAACACUUCAGGCCUGAGGAUUUGCGUCGUGAAUUUGGUCGGUAUGGCCCUGUAGUAGACGUAUACAUUCCGCUUGACUUCUACACAAGACGCCCAAGAGGAUUUGCUUAUAUACAAUAUCCUUUAUGUCACUGUAUUUUUGAUUGAGGUGCAUUGUUGUUAUUGCGUCCUAACUUAAUGUAUUUAUUUCUUUGUCUCAGAAAAUGUAAAGCAGUCCACAGUGGCUGGCAAGCACCCCAAAGUUUGAAUGAACCUGGUUAGAUAGAGUCCAAGCAGGCAAGCCAAAAGACACCUUAAAGUUCAAGCUUCAAGGAAUAAAGAGGGAGGGUGGAAAAAGAUAAAAAGAAAACUGGAAGAGGGGAAGUCCUUUUUCAAGGAAAAGACAAAGCCACAACACCAAGUUAAGGCUUCGGCUUUCCGACAUUUGCUCAAGUUCCAAAGUCAAAGCCAAGUCUGAUUUGGUUGGUUCUCCGGCCCUUGUCAAGUCCAUCUAGCAAGCCCUAAAGAGUAAAGGUCAAGAUCAAGUGACGUGGAGGUAACUGCCAAAGUUUCCUUUUGUAUCUUAUCGCUCAAGCUCUUACGUUGCAGUCAAGAAUUUGUUUGUUUAUAACUGUUUUAGUUUAACAUAUUGCUUCCUUAAAUUGGUACAAGAGAACUGUAUGCAAAUAUUUGUUCGCUUUUCCAUGAGUCAUUUUCCUAACAGAACAGAUUUCAUUGGAAUACUGAAAUAUAUCAGUAAUUUAGAUGAUCUGGUGACAUAUUUUUGUGGCAUUUACAGCUAUUUGUUUUAAAUAUUGGGAGUAAAGGAGGAGGAAAAACAAGUCGGCUGUUUAUAGAUAUGAACAAUGUCUGCAGUAAAUCAGAACAGAAGUAAUGAACUGAGGCUGCUUACCUGAGAGUAAGCCACAUUGACUUCAGUAGGACUUCCUCCUUAGUAGAUAUGGUUAGGAGUAUACAUCUAGAUAAUACUAUUUUCCACAUCUAGGUAAUAUUUCCUAUUAAUGUGUCAAGUUUAAGGGCCUUCAAAUAAGGUGCACACCUUAAAUAUUCUUGCUUUGGUUCAGUUAUGCAUUACAGAUGUAGGGACUCCAAAAUACACAGCGAGUCCCUUGCUGCCAUUCCUUUGCCAUUCAGAUCUGUAGAGAAACAACUCUGUGUGCCCACAGACAUGACAUUGAACUGGAGGGGAAAUCACUGUGUGUGGGAAUUUCAUGUGCAUUUCAGUGUACACAGGAGUUUCUGAAUAAGGGCACCUAUAUUUUAAAGGCAUUUAUUAUUACCUUGUUUCUGCAUGUCAUUGAGCUGCCUCAUACUUUUUGUGGCAAUCCAGGUAUACUGACUGGUACUUGCUGUGAUACACAUACAAAGUGUGAAAGAAAGAUGCACAUCUUGCAGAAUUUUGUGGGCCUUGACACUUACUGGGUUCCCUUGAGAAAGAUGGGGCUUGCAAAACAAAGCGGGGAUGACAACAUGACUAGGGCAGUGUGUCCUGACAGAUGCCUGAGCUUGCCAUUCUCUGGAGUCAACACUGUUUUGAAAUAUGCAUUGUACCCUUGCCGGGGAGUUGUGGCCAAUCCUAGUUUCCCAGCGUGCUUGUGGUUGUGUGUCCUCCUUCCAUAAAUAUAUGUAUAUACAACCAAACACACUGCUGGAGUUCUGCUGUAUUUGAGUGGCAAUAUAAAGUAUGAAGCAGCUCUCGGCUUAAGUGGCAUAUCUAAAUAACUCUUGCUUUUUAAAGUAUCUGGAGUAAUUUGGUCUAUGUUACAUGAUACAAUUUUUUGCUUUGUGCAUGUUUAAAGCGUCCUUAACAGACAGUCAUGUUUGAAGAUGUUCGUGAUGCAGAAGAUGCUCUUUAUAACCUCAAUAGAAAGUGGGUAUGUGGCCGGCAAAUUGAAAUACAGUUUGCACAAGGUGAUCGCAAAAGUAAGUGAACACCACCUUGUCACUUACUUAUUCUGCAAAGCAUUUCUUUAAGAUAGUUGCCUUUCAUAUCUCUUAAGAUUGAAAAAUAAAACAGGCACAAGCUUAUAAACUCUAGUUUUUAAAAUUGCAUGCGUGCUCAGUAUGUAAGAAGCUGCAGUUUUCUUGCGAUCUUCCAGUUCUGCUUUAAAUUCUAGCACCAGGUCAGAUGAAAUCGAAAGAGCGCCGCCAGUGUUCUCCAAUGGACUAUAGAAGGUCAAGAAGCCGUAGCCGAAGGAGGACACGUAGCAGAAGUUCUUCAUGGGGCUGGAGCAGGAGACAUUCUGAUAGUUUUAAAGAGUAAGUCUGAGGAUCAUGAGACAAAAAUUCAAUUGCAUACUAAUGAUUGUGUAUGUUAUGUUCCAGGAGAAUGUUUGUGAACAACAGUGGUGGUAACCAGUGAGGAUAAGGUAAAUUUGAGCUGGUCCUGCAAAGGUUCAGUCAUCCUGGCUCCUUUGUAAAUAAUUUGAACACUAAUACUGUACAGGUAAUACUGUACUUGUUUAUCUGGUAAUAAAUCCCAUUGAAUGCAGUGGGGCUUACAGCUGAGUAGAAAUGCAUAGAAUUGUGCUGUGUGGCUGGCUAUUCUCAGGCAGGCAGGCAGUGAGGUAGUAUAGCUUCAAAAUUCUGGCACUGCAUUUGAAAUGUUGGAUUAAAAUCUAAGUAUUAAAAUCAUCUUGCUGACUGACUCCUAGUGAGCUCAUUCUUGUUGCACCAGGUUUGAAAAAAUAAAGUUUUGAGACAAAGUAGAUUUUGUCUGAGAUAGUAACAAUGCGUAGAUAAUUUUUAAUAGCUUGUUAUUCCAGUCUGAAAGAAUAGAAUAGAAUAGAAUAGAAUAGAAUAGAAGCAUAAACCAUGGGAACCCUCAAAACUACUCUUUAAAUUUUCCUUUUAAGGUUUUGGGGUACUUUUGGCAUACAAUACCAUUACAAAAACAAACAAACAGUACCUCAAACAAAUUAAGCAAACUGUUUGGGUUACAAUGCUCCUUAAAAAGCAGGGGAAGAUCAAAUAUCGCUUCUAAUGGAGCUUUGGAUGAUUUUCAGGUCAAGGCGUAGACGACAUUCUUACAGCCAAUCUAAGUCUCGCUCAAAAUCUCUUCCAAGGCAUUCCAGCUCGCCCAGACGAUCCAUCACCCCGCAGAGAAAUUCUAGUUCUAGGGGAAGGUCACGAUCCAAGUCACCCCACAGAAGUUCCAAAUACGUUGAAAAGUCACCAUCCAGUUCCCAUCGAAGACGUUCCGGUUCGAGAACAAAGUCACGAUCACAUCCAAAACGUUCCGGCUCAGCUACCAGAUCCCUGUCGAAAUCCCCUCGGAAACAUACUAAUUCCAGUUCUCGCUCACAUUCUAGGAGCUUCUAUCAGAGAAACAGCAACCAGUCAGUAUCUGAAGAAGAUUAAUGCCUCUAUUUCUUUAACACCGUUUUUUAUGAGCACAAGUUAAGGAGAACAUAAAUUGUCCAAAGCUUAUAUGAUAUGUAAGGUAACUGGUAAAUGAGAGGUCUUGCUAUGUGCCCUUUCAGUCCCUGCCUCAGUGUGCAGAACUCCUUUUAAGAUUUUAUUUUUUACUUUUAAAGAAACAUUUACCUAGUCUAGAUUCUAUUUCCCUGUACUUGGAACCCAAUAGUAGGCGAUCCUGUGCCCAAGUUAAGCUCCCUGCAUCCAUGCAAGCUGUCGUUAGUCCUGGCAGUGAUGUAACUUCAGCUGCUGAAAGACCAAUCAGCUUUCCUUAUCAGAAUUGUAAUUGCCCUUUGCUCCAGGUUCUUUCAGUUGGCAGAACCUAAUGUCAGUUUAACAUUGUGCUGGAUAGAAGCUGUAUGAGAGGUUUCCUCCUGUUUAAUGUGGGGAUAGAGGCAGAGCCAUUCAGCCAUUCCCUCCUUAGCUCUCGUAUAAUGCUUUUGUAGAUAUUGUAGUGCAAGCAAGGCUUGUACUGCAUAUCUACACCUGGAAAAGGGCAGCGCUGCUCAACAAGUAGCCUUUUGCUAUUCAUUUUAACGUGACACGAAUUAGAUGAAGCUACAGGUUGUUUUACUUCAUUUUGCUGUUUUCUUUGGCAAUAUUUUUCUGCCUGCUUUAUUGUCAUACCAAGAAUAACCAGUUGAAACCUGAAUCUACUGUUCUUGUAUGUUCUUUGGGUAAUUAGGGUCUUUUUUUGAGGGUGGGGGUGCUGAGGGAGGCAUUAUAAUGUGUGUGUUGAGUUUGAAAUGUCAUUUCAAAUUCAGGUGGUCUAAUUGUUUCAGCUUAGAGAAGUACAUUAGCAGGCUAGUAUGGGAAAUUUUGUAUAACAUAGGGUAGUUGGAAUCUCACAUCCUUCCGAGUUUAUGUUUUUUCAAAUAUAAUUUAUAUUUAAAAGCCUAGCAAUUUAUUUCCAUUUGGGGCUGCAUGUUGAAAGAGAAGUGCUAACUGAUCUUAAUUAACUUCUAUCGAAAUCCCAAUCUAUAGAUCUGCAAGCACAUUAAAGCUUUUGGAACUCAAUUUUCUUGUCAAAUAGAUGAUAGGCAAGAGGGGGAAGGAGGACCCAGAUAGCCUUUCCUUUCCUUCACUAACGUACAGGCUGUGCAUGCAGAUUUGGCAGUGUGUUGGGAUGGAAUGCAUUUCAGUCUGGUCUGAAUAUGCAGCAGAAUGAGGUAUAAGUAAAGGGCUGGAUUAGAUUGUACUGCGUCAUAUGGGCAAUACCACUUUUGAAUGCUCUCCCUGUUUUUUUAAUUCCCAAAGGCAAUGAAAAUAGAAAGUCGUAUCAGGCAAAUAGUUUGGCUACAAUCUACUCUCUGUUGUACUUACCUUCUAUUGGUAGGGAGUGUUUAACAGAAGGGAACAUUCAAAAUGUGAUUUAUCUACAAACCGGAAUUGGUACAGUUCACUCUAUGAAAACAUUCUGCUGUAUGUGUAAGAUACAGCCUUUGAUCCUGUACAGUGGUCUCAGCAUUUGCAAAGUGGAUGAUUAUCACAUUGUCAGUCACUGGAUUGUGACCAAUGUUUAGUAGAAAGCAGUCUAAUAAUACGUAAUGGAAAUUUAAAAAGUGAUAAUUGGUUAUAUAAAGUCAUUUUGUAAUACUGUAAUAUAAGUUGUUAAGCACAUGCUUUUCAUGUGUAGUCAAAACAUUUUUGUGAAACCCUUAAAACAGUAAUAUUUGUAGUGUAAGAAUCUUGCUACAUUAUCUAUUUUCGAACUGUUACUGUAUUAUGAGAUUAAUGUAGAAGACACCUUCUUCAAACAUUUUAAAGUUCUGAGCCCCUGAAACUAUUGAACUAUUGAGUAUAAAAUAAUUAUUGGCUUGUCUAACCCAAGUAACAGAAGGUAUUCUGAAAAUAUUUUGUAUUUUAUAAUAUGUUACAUUUGCAUUGUGUAGUAACGUUUGGGAACCUAUAAUUUGUGUUUAAGUGUAUCGUACUAGCUGUGAUGUCUGUUACAUGGUACAAACAUUGUAUUAAGUAACUGUGGUGGCAGUAAAACCACGUUUCACUUCAUGAGCAAUUAUACAAUUUUGUGUUGGAAAUAGCAUUAUUGUUAUUUCAUAACUUAAGAUAUUAUUUUCAAUAAAACACAUGAAGUUCCUUGUCA